GUAAAUCCAAACUGUGCCGUGAAUAAAACCCAUCGUUGUCUAAACUUAUUCUAACAGAGAAACCACAUGACAUGGACAUCAUGUCUCCUUCUACCAAGGAGACAAAAGACAAAAGGAAACGUCCAAUGUCCCAGAUCAGUGGCGUAAAGAAGGCCACCCACAGCCUGGUCCCUUCCACCAUUCCUCGCUUCGGGGUCAACGCCAGCCAGGAGGAUCUUCUGGCAAAGGAGCUGGAGGACAUUGACAGAUGGGGUGUCGACAUCUUCAAGGUUGCAGACUACUCUGGAAAUCGCCCGCUGACCGUCACAAUGUACACAAUCUUUCAGGAACGCGACUUGCUGAAAACCUUCAAGAUUCCUGUGGAUCUUUUCAUUAACUUCAUGAUGACGCUAGAGGAUCAUUACCACUCUGACGUGGCUUACCAUAACAACAUCCACGCAGCAGAUGUGGUGCAGUCCACACACGUCCUGCUGUCCACGCCUGCUCUGGAGGCCGUAUUUACUGAUCUUGAGAUCCUGGCUGCGCUGUUUGCGAGCUCCAUCCAUGAUGUAGAUCACCCUGGAGUUUCCAACCAGUUCCUCAUCAACACCAGUGAGUUUUACGGAAGAGGAUUAGG